AUGACACUUUUUAAUGAUCAAAUUUUCAAUCCUUCUUGGGUUGUUGGUUUCGUAGACGGGGAAGGGUGCUUCUCAGUGGGUGUCUUCAAAAAUCAAACCUUACGUUUAGGUUAUCAAGUUCAGCUUGAGUUUAGUAUAACACAACACAGACGUGAUCAUGAGUUGUUGUUACAGUUCGUAGAGUUCUUUGGUUGUGGUUACGUGGCACCAGAUGGACCUCUGAAAUUUAAGUACCUGGUUCGUGACCUGUCUGAUCUAAACAGAGUCAUAAUACCUUUCUUCCAGUCUUAUCCUUUACGAACCGUUAAACAAUUGGAUUUCAACUCUUUUGCUUCUGUGGCUACUAUGAUGAACCGUAAGGAACACCUUACUGAGCAGGGUCUUCUUGGCAUUCAAGGGUUGUAUGAACCGCAACAGAACAUAUGA